AUGGUUGCGCGGGGCGCUUGGGCCGUCCUUGCCGCUGCCGUGACCGGCGCGGGCCCGACCAGAGCGCCGCCGCCGCCUCUGCGACUCUAUAGCACCGUACCACCACCACCGUCGCCGCCGCCAGCGCUGCUCGCUUCAUUUGACGCGUUCAACACCGGAGGUAACAGCAGCAGCUUCUCUCACGCCGUGCUCGGGUCGUGGGCCAGUGGCAAAGGAUCACUCCCGGCUGGAAUCGUGGCGGCUCAGGCGCAGGGGGCGCGGAUAAGCGUCUACGGACUCUUCUCUGGGCUGGCUCCCGGCUCGGUCAUCCGGGUGGCCAUCCUUGCAGAAUGCACCGACCGCAUUGGUGCUAGCAGCAACACGACUGUGGGAGCGGACGGCACUGUCACGGUCGAGCUCUCGCAGGCGGUCGACACAUCCGGUCAAUCCCUCACUGCGGCUACAGCGCUCGCUCUCGCCAGUGGAGGGCAGGUUGUUGUUGUGACAAGUGCUCAAACGCCGCUGUGCGCACCGCUCGCCGCCGAGCCGCACGUGCAUUUGGCGCUCAUCGGCCGGAUGCCAGCUCAGUUCGCGGAGCGGUCCGCUCGCGGUCUCGUGGUGUUCAGCCGGCGGGUAUUGAGGAGCGGCUCGCACCUCGCGGUUCGUGGGGUCGUAGCAGGCCUCGAGCCGUUUUUCCACGGCAUGUGGCACCUGCACCGCGGCUUCAACUGCCUCGGCGCAGUCGAGGACCUCAACUUUUACGAGGGCGUGUUCGCGGGCUACAGGACCUCGCGGUCGUCGGUGCGUGGCGGCGACAAAUGGACGUACGGCUCUUACCGGGCAGACGGCCGCGGCGUGGCGCUGCUUGCUUCGGAGUUUCUCCUCGAUAGCUCCGACCUUAUUAGUGCUCUUAGCCGCGAGCUGGAAGGAGUGGGGGGUGGGUGCGGCGCAGCAAUGCCGGCGACCUUUCUGGGGCGUCAGAUGAUCGUUCAUGGGCGAAUGGGCGCCUAUGUUGGCUGCGGCGCCGUCGGAGGCUACGCACCAGGCAUCACCCAGGCGCUUGCGCGGAUGACCGUGUACAAGGCAUUCGCAUGGCCGGGUACAAGCAGCAGCCCAGAUGCCGCCAGCAGCCUCAAUGCAAGCAGCAGCCUCAACGCCAGCAGCAGCCUCAACGCCAUCAACCGCAGCAGCCUCAACGUCCAUGCCCUCGUGCACCUCAAGCAAGAGGGUGGUAUGCUCCGCCUCAUCGCCACCUUUACGGGCCUGCCCGCCUCCGCAACCCUCCUCCUGCAGCCGCACACCGGCUUCGAAUGCCCCGGCCACGACGAGGUGUUAGCGCGGCUCUACGCGCCGGCCGACCAGCCACACGCUCGCACCAUCCAGACCGGAGACCCCAUGUUCGACUCGGUGUCGAUGCUCUCGGAUGCCUUUGGCAACGCCUUUCUCAGCGGUACAUUCGAGGGCUCACUGGGCCAUGCCGCCGGCCGGGUUCUCAUCGCUGCCACCGAGGAUGGCACCCCCGUUGCCUGCGGCACGAUGGAGCCUGUCUCCGCUCUCGUGUCUCCCAUUCUGCCACAAGGUGGCAUGCGGGGCGGUCUGCUCCUCGUCGCGCAGGCAGGCGCCGGCGUCGCCCUACGGGGCACGCUCCUCUUCGACUCGGCGACGGCCACGGGCGUGAUUGGCAUGGGCGAUGGGUGUGUGGAGCCUGUCACGUGCUCAGUGCUCGUACGGUUUGAAGCGACCGAGGGCGCGUACGAGCUCAGGGAGUACGCUCUUCGCACGCCUGGUGAGGUGAUCCUCAGUCAGGACCUUUUGAACGGGGCCGCUGUCCGCAUUUUCUCUGACGGUGCUCAGUUGGGCGAGAUCACGCUGGCCGGGACGGCGGGCGAGGUGCCGCCGGCGACUGGCGACCUCUGCGACGAAAGCGACAGCCUGCGCUCGAGCUCGAUCGCAUUCAUCGCCGUCGGGACUCCGGCGCUCAUACUGCUGGCUACCCUCGCGGUGUUGCUGAGUCAGCGCGCCCGUGCUGCUGCUGCUGGGCUGCUAUGGGCGAGGGCGCUUGAAGCGCUGGUACUCGAGGGAGCCGAGUCGUACCUCCGCUCGAACCAAGCGGUCGCCAAGCGGCAGCUCAAGAACUUGGGCAUUGACGACAGUCUAUUCGAGAUCCACUACCUGCACGGACCUCUCCAGAGCGAUGCCCCUGGGGUCGGCCUCGGCGAGGAGAUGGUCCACGGGCCCUUCUACACGUGGUAUGACGCGGAGACAACGGACACGCAGAUGCUCAGCACGCUCUCCAAGGUGCUAAACGCGAUGAUCAAGCUCAAGGUGGACGGCUGCUUCGGCUUCUCACAGGGCGCGGCGGUGGUCAGCGCGUGCCUUCAGCCCGACGUUGUUGCAUCUGUCCACCGGCAUGUAAAGCGGGACGGCGCCAAAUUUGGACACUCGUUCGGCUCGCUAAGGCGCCUCCUCGAGCACUCGGCCCCCGACCGAGCGGGAGCGAGGAGCAACACGCUCUCCGAACGCGCGGCCACUGGCGCCCCCUCGCUCUCCUUUGUGCUACUCGCGCACGCUACGAGCACCGCCGCCAUCCGCCGCGCGCUCAAUAUGUGGAUGCCGAGGUGCGCCGUCGCGACGCGGUCGGCGCACCUAAUCGGCACGCUGGACCACUUCAAGGCGGAGAGCAUGGCCGCGGCGCUCGAGUAUGAGGGCGGCGAGCUGCGCAUGAUGCUGUACCACUCGGCGCGCCACGAAAUGCCGCGCGACCUGCAGACCAACGAGGUGCUGCACCACCGCCUCUUCUCGCACCUGGCGGCAGGGCUCGGACCGGAGAAAUCCACGCUUGGACAGAUACCACUCAACGAGCGGUCGGAGCAAGCUCUGCCGCUCGCGCCGCAGCCUCCCAUCACGCGUGCCUCCUCCGCGCUGGCGCACCUCUCCUUCUCCCACGAGGCAGGAUCGAGCCCACCGCUACGACCCCCACGCCGCUGUGAAGUGCGAGAGCCCGCGAGUCCAACCGCGCCGCUGGUGGCUCUCCCGACAGAGUACUCCUGCGCGCGUGGCUCGACGAUAGACCUGUCGAUGCGCUCGGAGAGGGGCAUCGCGAGCUACCUCGUCAGGCCGUCGCCGCCAGAGGCGCUCAAAUUCCGGCCUGUCUCCCGGCUGAGCGCCGCAGGCGUCUCGAGGAGCCAGCAGCUCGUGCGCGUGGCGCUCGAUCCGAGCAUCGACGAGCUGCCACAGACCAUUCUCGGCCUCCUCGCCGCGCCGGCGGGCGACUGUCAACGCCUCCUCGUCGCACAGCCUGCGAGCUGCGCGUGCCUCCGCUCGGCCGCCGGCACGUCCGCAGUCCUGACCUACGGUGCGCUUGCCGCCUUCAUCAGCGACAGUGGCAGCCUGAGCGCCCUCGGAGUCAUGCCCGGCGAGGUGGUCGCGUACGUGGUGCCGAGCGGCGCUGCAGGGGCCGUGGCCUUUCUCACGCUGGCCGCGCAGACAACAGCCGCCCCCCUCCCGCCUGACAUCGCGCACGACGACGCGCUCGACGCGCUCGAGCAAUUCGAUGCGAGGCACGUCAUCUUGUUUGAUAGCGCGCCGCACGCGGCGGUCUGCGCCGCUGCGGAGAGUGCCGUGGCUUCGGGCCGUGACGUGAAGAUCCACCGCGCCAGCUCGCGUGCUGACGUCGCCGGGCUCUUUGCGUUCACGCCCGCGGCGGGCUGCGCGGCGUCGGACCACAAGCUCGCGACGAGCGCCGACGACGACAGCGGCGCCGACCCUGUACACUCCCUCCGGCUCAUCCGCUCGGGUGCCGCUGCGCUCACACCGGCUGACGGGCAGGCGCUCUCGAGGUGCUUUGGCGGCAUCCCCGUCCACGCAACCUACUCCAUGUCUGAGCAGAUGCCCAUCACACAGCCGGGCACCGCCGUCGACCAGAUGCGUGAGAAGAGCGGAUCGGUCGGUAUCGCAGUCGCUGCCUCUCUGGCGGUCGUCGAUCCGACGAGCCUCGCGCCGCAGCCGCCGGGCCUCCCAGGCGUCAUCGCCAUCUCGGGUCAGACGGUCAUGCCCCGCUAUCUCAACAGCCCCUCGGCCGACGCGGACAGCUACUUUCUGCUCUCUUGCGCCGACGGCGCCGUUGCAGCCGAGCCCGACCGCUUCUUCCUCACGGGCGACGUGGGCGUGCUCGACGCCGACGGCCACCUCAGCAUCACGGGGAGGGCAAAGGAACUCAUCAAGCGCGGGGGCGAGCAGGUGUCACCGCACGAGGUCGAGGCUGCUCUCCGGUCGCUCGAGUGGGUGCGCACGCCGGUGGUCUUCGCCGUGCCCUCGCCGGCGUGGGGCGAGGAGGUGGGCUGCGUCGUCGUGCUCGGGCCGGACGCGCCGCCCGAGCUCGCCGACGCCCGGCUGCUGCUUCGCGCGCUGCGCGGCGGCUUGAGAAGCGAGGGGCUCGCGCCGAGCAAGUGGCCGUCGGUGGCGCGAGUCGUCGCGCCGGCGGAGCUACCCAAGACAAGGACGGGCAAGGUCGUGCGCAGUGGGCUCGCCAAAGCGCUCGGCAUUGCUGCGCCCAGCUUUGGGGAUCUCGCAGCCGUGCGGCGCGGGCCGCCUCGCGUCUCGCACGCCAUCGAGGGGGUCCGCUACAUCCUUGCCUGCCAGGUCGUCUUCAACCACGCACCGUCCGAUGGCAGCAACAUGGACGGCGUGGCCGACACCGAGUCGUGGGGAGCGUUCGGAGCGGCGCGCUUCAUGUGUGUCCACGUGCCGACCUUUUUUGCGCUCGCCGGGUUUGGGCUCGCCGUCCACAUGGGCCCGGCACCACGCUCAGCGCUGGGCUACGUCGCCAACCGCCUCUCACCGAUGCUGCCGAUGUACUAUGUCUCGCUGCUGCUGCUGCUCAUCAAUCUGGUCGCCAUGUGCCACCCGGGAGACUUUGACGGCUCGUUCCACUUCUUUGCGCAGUGGGACGAUCAGGACCGCGGAGACUUUUGCGAGCCGGCUCCGCUGCUCUCCGGCUGGUGGGGCUCUCUCUUUGCCACGGUGGCGGUGUACGGCUUCGGGCUGCAGUCGUGGCCGGUCUACCUUUACAGCUGGUUCCUCUCCUACUACACGUGGUUCUCGUCCGUCUACUACUCGAUGGUCUUCACGCACCCGCUCUUCUACUCGCGACUGAUCACCAUCCGAGGCCGCGCCCGCCUGCUCUGGGCCAUCGCCACGCUCCUCGUCGUCCUCAACGUCUGCGUCGUCGCGGGCUGGUUCGCCGGCUGGUAUGAGGACCGGGCCUAUGGCGGCCGGCCAGCCGAUCUUGGCUCGCGUGACUCAGCGGCGGAGCUGACCAGCCAGUUCUCCCUCAUGUACUACCUCUUCCCCCCCUUUUGGUGGCCCUCCUUUGCGCUCGGCACGUGCGCCGCCUUCCUAUUCGACCACUACCGCCCGUACGAGUCGCACCACGCGUGGGUAUGGGGAGUGAUCACCGACGUGCUGACCUCCGCCCUCAUUCUGGUCGGCUACGUCGUGUAUCCGCUCCUCGCCUCGUGCGAGCAAAAGGAGGGGCUGCUCUGCGCGCGCAUCGAGCCGCAGGCGGCGGAGCACGCCCUCGGCGACGCGGGGUUAGGCCACGAGCUCCUCGACGCGGAGAACGACGCCCUCGGCAUCCGCUCCGUGGCAGGCAUCUGGUCGCGGCUGCUGAUGCCUGUCAUGGUGCUCUGGCUUUUUGGCCUCGCCGUCGGGAGGGGCCUCACCGCGCGUCUCUUCAGCCUGCCAUUCCUCGUGGACACGCUGGCCCCGGUCUCGUACAACGUGUACCUCUUCCACCAGUGGGUCGGCCAAGUCUACUUUCUCGCGACGCGGCAGCAGUGGUGGUCCUACUGGCGCUACCGCAAGCGCUUCUUCUGGUUCUCGCCGCAGCCGGUGCCUGUGGCGUGGUGGGAGUACUUCUUCGUCCUCGUCCUCACCACCUACUUCUCCAUGGCCAUGGCGAGGCUCGACCCGCUCCUGAUCGCCAAGUGGGAGGCGGCGCGCACCCACCUCCGGCGCCGCCUCUUUGGCGCGCCGGAGGCGCUCGGCGGCUUAUCGACGACCGACGUCGUCCUCUCUGUGAUCGAGCAGCUCACGGGCGCGGCGGUGGAGCCGGACUGGAGCCUAGCCGAAUGCGGGCUCGCCUCGGUUGCUGGACCCGUCCUCGUGGCACGGCUGCAGGCGGCCAUACCCGGCGUGACCAUAUCUCUCGCCGACCUAAUCGAGUGCGGAGACUACUUCUCUGCGCACAACCUUCGCACGUGGGAGGGCCAUUACUACUGCGUCGACGCGUGGGCACACGCAUCGGAGCUUCCGGGCUGUGGCGGCAGAGAGGCUGCCGCGUGCAGCAACUUUAAAGGCAAGAAUUCCGGCCAGACGCGCUACGCGCUGGCCCAGAAGAGCACUGCUCCGUGGAAGGAGCGUGUGACUCUGAUCAAGGCCCUCUCCACAGACGCCGCAAGGCGGUUCGACGACGGCUACUUCGACUGGGUCUACUUGGACGCGCUGCACACGUACGACGCCGUCGUGCAAGACCUGCGCGCGUGGUGGCCCAAGCUGCGCGAGGGAGGGCUCCUCUCUGGCGACGACUACGGCGACAAGCUGCGCACGGAGUACCUCACCACCGACGCCGCGCAACGGCACUACGACAUCAACUACCCGUACGUCAAGCAGUUCCAUUGGGGCGUGAUCCGCGCAGUGACUCAGUUCGCCCGGGAGGUGGGCGCGCCGGUGCAGGUGAGCUGGCACAGCCACGUGUAG